GCUGGCUGGCAGCUGUCAAGGGUCUGGGGGACCGACCACCGAGCACGAUCCCGGGGCAAGGGGCCCUGUCUCGGGGCGCACGGCUCAGCCCCUCGCCACCCCUCCCCGGGCCCUUGGGAGCGGCUCCCUGGGAGGGGACAUUUCCUAAUCUCGGUCCGGGGUUAAAGUUCUGGUCCUGGUGAGAUGCUGGAAGCUGCGGCGGGGCCUGCCACCCGUCCCGGAGGUGUCCCGUCGCCUGUCAUCGCCACCGCCGCCGCCUCCAACGCCACCCCGGUCGGGCCAUGGUCGCUCUGGGCUUGCCCGUCGUGGCGCUCCGGGUGUUGGUGGUGGUGGCCUCGGUCGCCCAGGGCCAUUUGGGGGCCCUGGGACCCAAGAACGUGUCGCAGAAAGACGCCGUGUUCGAGCGCUACUACACCGACGAGGUCAACAGCGACCUGGUUAACAUCUACACCUUCAACCACACCGUGACCCGCAACCGGACAGAGGGUGUGCGAGUGUCCGUAAACGUCCUGAACAAGCAGAAGAGCGCACCUUUGCUCUUCGUGGUCCGCCAGGAGGAAGCAGUGGUGUCCUUCCAGGUGCCCUUAAUCCUGCGAGGGCUGUAUCAGCGCAAAUAUCUCUACCAAAAGGUGGAACGGACGCUGUGUCAGCCCCCAACCAAGAACGAGUCUGAGGUCCAGUUCUUCUAUGUGGAUGUAUCCACACUCUCUCCCAUCAACACUAAAUACCAGCUUCGGGUCAGCCGGAUCGAUGACUUUGUGCUCAGGACUGGAGAACAAUUCAGCUUCAACACGACUGCUGCACAGCCCCAAUACUUUAAGUAUGAAUUCCCGGAUGGUGUAGACUCAGUGAUUGUCAAGGUGACUUCCAGCAAGGCCUUCCCCUGCUCGGUCAUCUCCAUCCAAGAUGUCCUGUGCCCUGUAUAUGAUCUGGACAACAAUGUUGCCUUCAUCGGCAUGUACCAGACUAUGACCAAGAAGGCGGCCAUCACUGUUCAGCGCAAAGACUUCCCCAGCAACAGCUUUUACGUGGUGGUAGUGGUGAAGACCGAAGACCAGGCCUGUGGAGGGUCGCUGCCUUUUUACCCCUUUGUAGAAGAUGAACCGGUUGAUCAAGGACACCGCCAAAAAACCCUGUCAGUGCUGGUGUCUCGCGCGGUCACAUCCGAGGCCUAUGUUGGUGGGAUGCUCUUCUGCCUGGGCAUAUUCCUCUCCUUCUACCUGCUGACUGUCUUCCUGGCAUGCUGGGAGAACUGGAGGCAGAGGAAGAAGACCCUUCUUGUGGCCAUGGAUCGAGCUUGCCCAGAAAGUGGUCACCCCCGGAUCUUGGCCGACUCCUUUCCCGGAAGUUCCCCUUAUGAAGGUUAUAACUAUGGCUCCUUCGAGAACGGUUCAGGAUCCACGGAUGGGCUGGUGGACAGCACAGGCAGUGGGGACCUGUCCUACAGCUACCCAGAACGCCCCCUGGACUCCGUGGGCACGCGGCCUCGCUUGGACUCCAUGAGCUCUGUGGAGGAGGACGACUAUGACACACUGACAGACAUCGAUUCCGACAAGAAUGUCAUUCGCACCAAGCAAUACCUUUAUGUGGCCGACCUGGCACGCAAGGACAAGCGCAUCCUGCGGAAGAAGUACCAGAUCUACUUUUGGAACAUCGCCACCAUUGCUGUCUUCUAUGCACUUCCUGUGGUGCAGCUGGUGAUCACAUAUCAGACGGUGGUGAAUGUCACAGGGAACCAGGACAUCUGUUAUUACAACUUCCUCUGUGCCCACCCACUGGGCAAUCUCAGCGCCUUCAACAACAUCCUUAGCAACCUGGGGUACAUCCUGCUGGGGCUCCUCUUCCUGCUCAUCAUCUUACAGCGGGAGAUCAACCAUAACCGGGCACUACUUCGAAAUGAUGUCUGUGCCCUGGAAUGUGGGAUCCCCAAACACUUCGGCCUGUUCUAUGCCAUGGGCACGGCCCUGAUGAUGGAAGGGCUGCUCAGCGCCUGCUACCACGUCUGCCCCAACUACACCAAUUUCCAGUUUGACACGUCGUUCAUGUACAUGAUUGCUGGACUGUGCAUGUUAAAGCUCUACCAGAAGCGACACCCGGACAUCAACGCCAGUGCCUACAGCGCCUAUGCCUGCCUGGCCAUCGUCAUCUUCUUCUCUGUGCUGGGUGUGGUGUUUGGUAAAGGGAACACGGCGUUCUGGAUCAUCUUCUCCAUUAUUCACAUCAUCGCCACCUUGCUCUUGAGCAUUCAGCUUUAUUACAUGGGUCGCUGGAAGCUGGACUCGGGCAUCUGCCGGCGUAUCCUGCAUGUCCUCUACACAGAUUGCAUCCGGCAGUGCAGCGGACCCCUCUAUGUGGACCGCAUGGUGCUGCUGGUUAUGGGCAACAUUAUCAACUGGUCGCUGGCUGCCUACGGGCUCAUCAUGCGCCCCAAUGACUUUGCCUCCUACCUGUUAGCCAUUGGCAUCUGCAACCUGCUACUCUACUUUGCCUUCUACAUUAUUAUGAAGCUCCGGAGUGGGGAAAGGAUCAAACUCAUCCCUCUGCUCUGCAUUAUCUGCACGUCUGUGGUCUGGGGCUUUGCACUCUUCUUCUUCUUCCAGGGACUCAGCACCUGGCAGAAAACCCCCGCCGAGUCCCGGGAGCACAACCGAGACUGCAUCCUGCUGGGCUUCUUUGAUGAUCAUGACAUCUGGCACUUUCUCUCCUCCAUCGCCAUGUUCGGGUCCUUCCUGGUAUUACUGACCCUGGACGAUGACCUGGACACAGUGCAGCGUGACAAGAUCUACGUGUUCUAGCAGGCGGGGGGUGGCAGGCGCUUAAUUCCUGGGGCUACGUGCUCCACUGCCUCCUUGCCCAGGACUGUGUCUCCCAGCCUGCUGCUGUUGACUGCUGAGUGGGACAGGAGGUCCCGCCCAAGCUUGAC